CAGAAAAUUAUCUGUAACAUAUUUGGUACCAGUAGCCUUUAACUGACUAUAUCCAGUUGACUGGGACAUGCUAUAAACCAGUCCUGUUACUAUGACAGUUUUGAAUCACAGGACUACAGACUAAUUCUUUUUUUUUUUUGUUAAAUCAGGCUCACGUCUCAGCAUUAACAAGUUUGAUAACCUAUCGCUGACGUGUAGCAGAUGUCAUAGGAUAGACCGAUAUAUUGUUUAUUGUAACCAAUAUACACUGUUAUUCCAGCAUCCAGUCAAGAUAUUGGGUGAAAUUGUUUCACCAGCUUUCGAGCGUUCAUUGAUGCAGAGCGUUAUAUCUAAAGAACAAUUGUUGCCAAGCGAAACGGGAUAUCAAUAAGACUUAGCGAUGAAACAUUGUGAAUUUUAUCGACAUGCUGGAAAUGAGACAUAGAACUUUGUAAAAGAUUUGGAAUCUUGUGUGCCAGGAUUUAUACUUGUUUAAAUAGAACGGAAAGCUACUAUAUCAAUUAACAUUUUCAGUAAAGUAUAACUUAUAAGUUAUAUAUAUACACUGAUCAAUGUCUACUUAUGCGCAUAGGUAAAAUAUUCAAACAGUUUUGAGCGUAUUAACUAAUACAGUUGAAUCAAUACAAGGAGCUAUAUAAUAAUAUAUAUGAAUAAAGAAAAAAAUAUUUUUCAAAAUAUAUGAUAUUACAAAACGGAAUAUAUGAAUAGUAUUUCAUAACAUAGAUUAAAUUCGUACCCAUGUCGGUUUCGAAUUACACAUGGUCAUCAGAUUUCAUAUACCAACAUUAUUUAAGUGAUGAAAAUUAUUCGACAAAAAUGCCAUUGAAUUCGAGUUACAUGGGCAAUAACUUGCCGGAUACCUACAACUGGGGUGUGUUAUUUUUAGUACCUAUUGUACUGUUUGGAAUUACGGGAAAUAUUUUAGUUUGCAUGGCGGUUUCAAUGGAAAAGCGUUUACAGACUGUGACAAACUACUUCCUAUUUUCUUUAGCUGUUACGGAUCUGCACGUCUGCAUCAUAGUUAUGCCAAUGAGCAUCAUGAAUGACUUCUUUGGGUACUGGAGAUUCAGCCACGUUUUAUGCAGCGUGUAUACAACAUCAGACGUCCUCAUGUGUACAUCAUCGAUUUUACACCUUUGCAGUAUCUCGUUAGAACGCUAUCUUGCAAUUAGAAACCCUUUAAAGUCUCGAAACAAAUCUAAAUCUAUUGUACUUCUCAAGAUAAGCCUUAUAUGGGCUGCAGCCGCUGCUAUAUCGAGCCCAGUGACGGUCCUUGGAGUGCUUGAUGAAUCCAAUAUAUUCAAUAAUAGACAAUGCACGUUAACAAACAAUGAAUUUAUUAUCUAUGGAUCGAUUCUUGCCUUUUUCAUUCCGCUUAUAAUCAUGGUGGUUUCCUAUGGAUUGACAAUCCGAUUGCUGCAUAAACAGUCGAAGCUAUAUGAUCCUAAUGGAAAUGUUGCUCAGUCGGGCCAACCGAUUUUGCGCCGCGUGAAAUCUAGGCGUCACAAAAAUAGAGCAAACUCCUCCCCAACUCCUUCAAGACAAAGCUUUUCGGGUACACGGGGCCACAAUAUGUACGAGAUGUGUAUAAAAAGCAAAAGUCAGAUGAAUAUAGCGGAGUGUGGACGUAGUUUAAGAAUUCCAAGCAUCAUUUCUCAGUCGGCGUCAUGUGAAACAAUUUACACAACUUCAAAAGAGAAUUCACAAGCAAACAGGUGCUUUCUAAGUGUACCCAAUCAUCAUACAAAUUGCACGUCAUCAGAAUCACUAAUCAGUGACAAUGAGACAACAUCUGAUGACGAAAGUAGGUCAUAUAUUCACGUGAAUGGUACAGAAAGCCCAGGAAAGCGAUCUCUCCGUGACGUCAUGACAAAACAAAUAAUUGUAAAAGCUUCUAGCAUUCUGAACUUGACUAGAGAUAAAAAUAGUGACAAAACAACUGUUCGGACAGAGCAAAAGGCAUCCAAAGUUCUAGGAUUCGUGUUUGCUAUAUUUGUGAUGUGUUGGACACCAUUUUUUGUAGUUAACAUUUUAACAGUUUUGUGUAAAGUGUGUUCAUUUAAUCCCAUCUUGCUUUCAACUUUUGUGUGGCUGGGUUGGAUAAGUUCAACAAUAAACCCUAUCAUCUACACAAUGUUCAACUGCACAUUCAAGCAGACAUUCGUGAAACUGAUAAAAUGUCAAUACGGAUUCCUCCAAAAGCCAGGAAAACGUAGAAUGGAGGGUUUUCAUAAAGGGGCAGUUGAAUACAACAUGAAUAUACCGUUGUGAUAUAUAAAUAUAUGUAUUUAAUAUACAUUAUGCUCUCAUCACUGUAUGUGUUACACGUGCAUUAACUCUCACUCGAAGACAAACCUUUAUGAGCAUAUUAUGAGUCCAGAAUUGAAUUUUAAUUCUAUGACCAUUUAUAACAAACGUCACCCCUAAUGAAAUAGAUAUGAAAUAGAUAAAAAGAAUUUUCACAUACCUGUGAUGUGAAAAGAACAAACAUCGGGCACAAUAAUGAGUUUACGAUACAGAAGUCUUAAGACGUGACAGGUUCAGGAGAAUCGUUUUUUUUUUGUCAUGGGCUUAGUAUAUGGUAAACAAAAUACGAAGCAAAUAAAGAAAAAUAAACAAGUUUUU